AUGGAUCAUCUCCCCAAAUUCCGCAGGAAACCAAAGAUCCCGACAAUCUCCACCACAGACGUCAAGACCCCUCCCUCCCGAAACGCCAUCGACGAGCAACAGCCGCCUCAGCAAAUAUACCCUUCCACGACCGUCACCGUCACCGGCGGCAGAUCUCCGACCACGACGAAGCCCGGCCUGCGCAAGACCGCCUUCCGCGGCCUACACCUGCGCAGCUCAGGCAAGCGCUUGCGGUCCCCUCCCCCGGCCUCCCUGCCGCAGUCGCCGCCCCCCGCGAUUGUCUCCCACGACGGCAUCACCUCGUCCCCGAGACAAAAAGAUAAGGAAGGAAGUGGCGUUGGCAGCAAGAAUGACUCCGUGUCGUCCGGGAAGAGCAGCCACGAGAGUUUCAGGCCCAAGCCGAGAAUACCGGCUUUCUUGGACCUUUCCGUACCAGGUACGAAACCUCCGUCUCGUCGCAGACAUGGAGGCGCGGGUCGGGAACUAAUUGCUGGGAUCCCUGCAGAUCUAGAAAACAAGUUCCAGGAGCUCGUAUGGCAGGAGCGCAACCGUCUGGCUGCCGGCAUGGCCCCCGAUGCCGACGAGACUACGAAAUGGGGCUCCUACAAGCAGAUCGACAUGCGCAGAGGCAUGCAAGAUCGUUACUUCAACAUCAAGCCCUGGAACCACAAUCGCAUAAAGCUGCGCGUGCCCGCAGAAGAGCUCGACUACGUCAACGCCUCGACGAUCUCCCUCUCCUCUCCCUCGAACAAGGAGCUUCCUCCCUUGCGGUACAUCGCGAUGCAGGGCCCGACAGAGAACUCGCUAGACUUUGUCUGGCGCAUGGUUGCGGAGCAGCUCACAGAUCCCGUCGUCAUCGUCCAGCUCACAAGCUUCUACGAGAACAACCAGGUGAAAUGCUACCCCUACCUGCCGAUGGACGAAGAACACGAGCCCUGGCGCAUCAACGAGACGGACGGUUGGGGUGACGGCUGGAGCGCCACCCUAACUUUUGACUCGUUUCUCUCCCUCGAGAACGGCGCCAUCGAGGUUCGCAAGCUCCUGCUGCGCGUAGGUGACGAGGAAGACGACCGCAUAGUCUGGCAUCUGCUUUACACAAAGUGGCCCGACUUUGGCGUCCCCGCCGUCGACGACCUGUCCAGCUUCUUCACGCUCAUGCGCCUGUCGCGCGAGUACAACACAAACUCGGAGAACCCGCGCAUCAUCCACUGCAGCGCGGGCGUAGGACGCACGGGCACGUUCAUCACGCUGGAGCACCUGAUUCGCGAGCUGGACGAAGGCGCGCUCGAAGACUACGACGGCGGCGGUGAGGGCGACGACCUCAUCUUUGCGACCGUCGACGCCCUCCGCGAGCAGCGCCGCAGCAUGGUCCAGGCCGAGUCGCAGUAUUUGUUCCUGUACCAGGUGCUGCGCAAGCUGUGGCAGGAAAAGUACGACGUCGAGGAUAGCGACGGGGACAGCGAGCCCGCGGCUAAGAGACUCGAGAUUGAGGAACCGUCGACAGACUGA